UCUCUAUUGUAUCCUGUAUAUAUUAUAAUAAAUCAUCUCUUUCCCCUUUUCAUUCCGAAAUUCCCAACAGUAUUUCUGUCUCUCUGUCUCUUUCCGUUCUCUCUAUCUCUCUGUGGAAAUGGGUAGCCUUGAGACUGAGAAAACGAUCAUAGGAUGGGCAGCUAGAGACCCUUCCGGCGUUCUCUCUCCCUACACCUACACUCUCAGAAACACGGGCCCAGAAGAUGUUCUGAUCAAGGUCACCUACUGUGGAAUUUGCCAUACUGAUCUUCAUCAAAUCAAAAAUGACCUUGGCAUGUCCCACUACCCCAUGGUUCCUGGGCAUGAGGUGGUAGGUGAAGUGGUGGAGGUGGGAUCGGAUGUGAGCAAGGUCAGGGUAGGAGACUGCGUGGGAGUGGGGGUGAUCGUCGGAUGCUGCAGAAGCUGUCGUCCAUGCCAAUCAGAUAUCGAGCAAUACUGCAGCAAGAAGAUCUGGUCCUACAACGAUGUCUAUACUGAUGGCAAACCCACCCAGGGAGGCUUUGCUGAAUCCAUGAUCGUUGAUCAAAAGUUUGUGCUGAAAAUACCAGAUGGGAUGGCACCGGAGCAGGCGGCGCCACUACUGUGCGCGGGGGUGACAGUGUACAGCCCACUGAGUCACUUUGGGCUGAAAAAGAGUGGGUUGAGAGGAGGAAUACUAGGGCUUGGGGGAGUUGGGCACAUGGGUGUGAAGAUAGCAAAAGCCAUGGGCCACCAUGUGACUGUCAUCAGCUCUUCUGAUCGGAAGAGGGAGGAGGCUAUGGACCAUCUUGGCGCUGAUGAUUACUUGGUCAGCUCUGACUCCACUCGGAUGCAGGAAGCUGCCGAUUCCCUUGACUAUAUCAUUGAUACUGUCCCUGUCUUCCACCCUCUUGAGCCAUAUCUUUCCUUGCUCAAGCUCGACGGCAAGUUGAUUCUCAUGGGCGUUAUCAAUACUCCUCUCCAGUUUGUCACCCCCAUGGUUAUGCUUGGGAGGAAAAUCAUAACUGGGAGCUUCAUAGGAAGCAUGAAAGAGACAGAGGAAAUGCUGGAAUUCUGCAAGGAGAAUGGACUAACAUCAAUGAUCGAAAUGGUGAAAAUGGAUUAUGUUAACACAGCUUUGGAGAGAUUGGAGAAGAACGAUGUGAGGUAUAGGUUCGUGGUUGAUGUCGCUGGAAGCAAGCUUGAUCAGUGAAAAUGGAUGACAAAAAAUACUUCACUUUCUGUUUGUUUCGAGGCCUCUGUUUUCUGGGUUUCCUCUGUUUUUUUUCUUCUUGAUUUCAUGGAUGUUUUCGUACUAUAUUCCUUCUAAAACUGCAAUAUGAUUAACCCGGCGCUGUUCAUAAA